AUGAGACUCACAACAUCUGAUUCACAUUAUUUCCACCCAUGCACAUUUCUUUUUUGUUUAAAGCCAGGGUCAGCGCAGGCUGUAUAGACUGUGUGGGACAUUCUGUUAAUGAUUUGCCUUUGGGUCGCUGCUGCUGCUGAGGCACAUGAGAAGAUUAAUAAAGACCUCCUGGAGAAGAAGCAAGCAGGCUGAGCUUGGGGCACGCGGGUGGGAGAUUUAGCUGCCCGCUACUCUUUGGCAGUAGACGUAACCACGUUAUCCCACCCAUCCCUGCAAUUUUGCUGCGGUCUCCUGGAACUUCUGCUCCCCGCACAUCCAAGGAAGCCAUAUUAUUGCACAAGAGAUGGCUGUCCAGUAUGUCCACUAUAAGGGGAUAAAGUUCCCCCCUGGAUAUAAUUCUGUGGAGAACCUUUGCUUUGCUGAGAAUGAGUUUGAAGUGCGAGAUGACGACAUCUUCAAUGUGACUUACCCCAAGUCUGGAACAGUGUGGAUGAUUGAGAUCCUCAGCUUGAUCCUCAAUGGAGGUAAUCCAACCCGGAAUCAAUCUGUGCUUAAUUCCUGUCGUGCCCCCUGGUUCACCACCCAGCUAGGUCUGGAGACAGCUCAUCUGCUCCCACCCCCACGGCUGCUCACCUGUCACCUCCCCAUUCAUAUCUUCCCCAAAGCCUUCUUCAGCUCCAAAGCCAAGGUGGUGUACACAUUGCGGGACCCCAGGGAUGUACUUGUUUCUUACUAUCAUUUCUGCAAGAUGUGUGUCCCCUUUGAGAACCCCGAAUCCUUCAACCACUUCCUGGAGAGUUUCCUGAGUGGGGAUGUACCUUUUGGAUCGUGGUUUGACCACGUCACAGGUUGGAUGAAGCUGAAAGGCAAAAGCAACCUCAUUUUCAUCAGCUACGAGGAGCUGAAGCAGGACCUGUAUGGUAUUGUGGAACGCCUCUGCCAUUUCCUAGGGAAAGAGCUCGAUGAGGCAGCGAUUAUGUCAGUGGUGGAGAACACUUCCUUCGAAGCCAUGAGGAGGAAUGACAUGUGCAACUCAACAAUGCUUCCCAAGGAAUUUAUGGACCAAGAGAAGGGGACCUUCCUGAGGAAGGGCAUCUGCGGAGACUGGAAAACUCACUUCACGGUGGCACAGUCUGAAUACUUUGACAAGGUUUACCAGGAGAAGAUGGUGGGCCUGAAAGGAAUAUUCCCUUGGGAACACACGAGGCAGGAGAACCACUCGGGAAAAGGCCUUUAUUUCUGAACUGAAAGAUGCCGCAGCUUAAGCUUGUCUGUUACCAAGAAAGCCC